AAGGCCUCCGAUCCGUAGCAGCGGUGUGGUUAAGAAAGACAAUUCUCGCGUUUUUUAGGCUAAAUAACCUUUAAUAAUGCCGUAUGCCAACCAGCCGACGGUUAAAAUAACAGAACUGACGGACGAAAAUGUCAAGUUUGUUAUAGAAAACACGGAUUUGGCGGUUGCAAACUCUCUCCGCCGUGUCUUCAUGUCAGAGGUUCCCACAAUAGCCAUCGACUGGAUCCAAAUCGAUGCCAAUUCGUCCGUGCUGCACGAUGAGUUCAUCGCACACAGAGUCGGCCUCAUUCCCCUCACCAGCGACGACAUAGUGGAUAAAAUGCAGUAUUCAAGGGACUGCACCUGUGAUGACUUCUGUCCAGAGUGCUCUGUGGAGCUGACUCUGGACGUUCGAUGCACAGAGGACCAAACGCGCCACGUCACCUCCCGUGAUCUGCUCUCCAACAACCCCAGAGUCAUCCCUGUCACCUCCAGAAGCAGAGACAACGAUCCAAACGACUACGUCGAGCAGGAUGACAUCUUGCUUGUGAAGCUACGUAAAGGUCAGGAGCUGCGGCUCAGAGCGUACGCCAAGAAGGGCUUUGGUAAGGAGCACGCCAAGUGGAACCCGACUGCUGGGGUGUCCUUCGAGUAUGACCCAGACAACGCGCUGCGGCACACAGUAUAUCCACGCCCCGAGGAGUGGCCAAAGAGCGAGUACUCUGAGAUUGAGGAGGAUGAAGUUCAGGCCCCUUAUGACCCAAACGGCAAGCCAGAAAGGUUUUACUUCAACGUAGAGUCCUGCGGCUCCCUCCGGCCGGAGACCAUCGUUCUGUCAGCGUUGGCCGUCCUGAAGAGAAAACUGAGCGACCUGCAGACCCAGCUGAGCCACGAGAUCCAGAGCGACGUCCUCACCAUCAACUAAAGGCUGCAGCAUAAGCUGCAUUAAUGCUUUGUUGUCACCUAGAAAUCAACAUUGAACCGCAUCCUCUCUGCAGAUUCAACCCUGGUCUGUGGGAUCAGAUUAUCAGGAAAUGAAGUGUUUAUAUGAGGAGUGGAGUUUUAGCAGCACUGACUGGAACAGAAGCUGUUUUUUGAAAAAUGUGACUUAUGGUCAUUGUUUCAGAGAAGCUUCUCUCUUUGUUGUUUUAAGGGUAACUUUUCUGUGUGUUAGAUAAAUAUAUUUGUUAUCUCUUUUUUU